UGCAAUUCUACUAUUUCUUUUAGGCCUGGACCAGCAUUGAGAGUUAACCCUUCAGCAGCUGGAUGGGCUCAAUGUCACUUUAAAGUAGCCAUUGCCUCACUAUAGCAACCGUAUUACACAACAACAAAGUCCAGUAGCCUGCAAACUGAGGGAGUAUAUGAACUUUCUCAGGAAUCCAUAAAGAAUGACAACACCCUCCAUGUAUCAGCUCUUUUACAGUCAAAGUGUCACCCCUGUGCUAAUGGGGAAGGACAGGAAUGUCACCUAUAUACUGGACACUUCAGAGUCUAUGGCUUCUAUUCUGGGGGCAGUGAAAAAUCUGAUUAUUCAAAGUCUGCUUACCAAGGCUUCUCUCAGAAACUCCCUCUUUAACAUCAUCACCUUUUCAUAUAAGAUAACAUCACUGUCUGAGCGCAUGAUUCCUUGCGCACCUGAUACAGUGUACCAGGCCCUGAGCUGGAUCCAUACUCUCAGGACAAGCCCAGGAAAUGAUCUCAUUACGGCACUCAUCACAGCAUUUUCUGAUCCUGCCUGUCAGUCUGUCCACUUAGUGACAAACAGCCUCCCAGACAAACCAGAGAGAUGCCUGAAUGCCCUAUCUGCCUUUACAGCACGCCCUGUGCAUAUAUUUCACAUAACGGAAAAUCAGGAUUUGGACAGGGACAUUUUGGAUUUCCUAAAAUGCUUAACAUCUGCCACUAAAGGGAGUUGUUACAGGCUGUCUCUAGACUCUAAUGCCCCAGCUGAGCAGGUGAACCCAUCGGUAGCCUUGUUACACUCAUCAGAAUACCAGAUUCAACAUCUGUCAUGCUCAGAGGACAGAUGUCAUGUAUCAUGUUACAAACCUUUUCAUGCAGUCUGCACCUCACCAUACUGGUGUUCCUUUGGAAAUCCUUUUAGCGUGAACCCAUGUGUUUUAAGGAAGGUAGCAAAAGGUGCUGAGUUCUUUCCAGGUUGCCGUGUCUUAGCAAGAAGAGAGGUCGAUGGAUUCUACUACUUGGGGACUAUUGUACACCAACUCCAGGACAGGGAAGGACUCUUUAUGGUUACAUUUGAUAAGUCUUUGCCCAAAGAUGACACCAUGAUGGAAAUGGCAUCACCUCAGUUAACAUGCCAUCCUGACAUGAUGAAUAUAACUCAGGCACAUGAGCACAGUAUAGUACCAGGGGACACUGUUUUAGCUCCCUUGGAACCUCAGAUGAGCAGAUUUGGACCUGGAAGGGUUGUUUCAGGCAUGGAAGUAAGAGAUCCACUAAAGGGUGGAGUAGAAGAUGGACUAGUGGUGCUGUUUUGGAAUGGAAUCAGACUGCAUGUUCCAAAAAACCUAGCUAUGUGGAUACCUGCUUCUCACCAUGAGCGAAUUAUCAAGGAUCUCCAGUCUAAUUUGUAUCGAACAGGCUGCUUAAGCCACAGCCAUUGUAGUCACAUUAACUGGUCACCAUUCUGCUGCAUAAAUCACAUAAAUCACAGUUUUUCAACAACUCCCUCAAUGUGCCUUUGCCCAGUCAAGAACGAUCCUCUCUGUAAUUCAUGCCUUCUCAUGGACAAUCAGUUAAAGGAGCAGGAGAUUAAACCUGACCAAGUAAAGGAGCUGGCAAUGUCUCAGGAGGUGAAGAUUAAUUUGUCUUCUUCAGACUCAAGCGAAGAUGAGGAAGAAGUUGCAAAUGAAAAGUUCAAUUUCACAAGGUCAGAUAUGGUGAACCGCUCAGUGAACACUGAGAUAUCCUGCCUGAAAAAGACCCAUUCUGAGCCAAUGAUUAGACCUGCCUGGAGGUACUGGAGAAGAGGUUCUCCUGAGCCACACCACAAAAAACCAGGUCACGUGGUUAAGACUCCAAAUGCAGAUUCUUGCCUUGGAAUAAGCAGUGAUUCUGGCUAUUCUUCAUCCAGUUUUGAAACCAAAAAUCACAGUUCAUUAUUUGAAAUGGUUCCUCAUUCGGUUAGAAAAGGUAUAACAGUAAGAGAGGUAUUUGGCUUUAGUGUACGAAAAACACUUUCUGAAGCACCAUCUCCGAUAGAUUUUGCAGCAAAGAAAAUUUCAGCAGAACCAAGAUCAUAAGUCUGUUUAGAUAGCUCAAGCCUGAGAAAAAUUAAAACAUUUGAUAUGAGCUGCAGAUGAGAUUUAGUAGGAUGUUACUAUUA